UACGUGGUUUUUAUGCAGUUUUACCAAAGGGAAACCGGAAACGACGGAAUUGGUUUCAGAGUCCACUUGUCUUCCUCGCCGUCUUCUUCAGCGCGGCGGCGGCGGCGGCGGGGCCGCUUCCCAUUGUCCGGCUAACUCCCCUGCAGAAGAUUGAGGACCCUAGGGUAUACGCGGUUCCGUCGCCGUCGUGUCGAAUCGGAUCGGAUCUCCCUCUCCGGCCAUUGUCCUCGUCCUCCUCGACGAUGAAUCACCAGAUGCCGAGCUCGAAGACCGUUUCGACCUUCGCCCCGCAGAGGGAGCAGGGCACGCAUUUGUUUCACAUCUUGGGGUACAGCCAACAUUGGGCCGCUGGUGCCUCCGAGUGCAAGUGCAUCGGAUCAGACAAGUUCCCCGUUGGUGGGCACGAAUGGAGACUUGUGUUUGAUGGGGCCCCUGGAAAGGACGCAUCGGGUUCCAAUCGUGACUACGUUGUAGCUGGAGUCUACCUGGUGGGCAAGAACAUCAAGGUCCAGGCCUCAUUGGAGCUAAGACUGCUCGACCAGAGCACUGGGCCAUCCUUAACAGUGCACAAGGAGGCAUCGAUAGUAUUUGACACCAAUGAGCGCAGCAGGAUUGCUGUGUGUGUGAUUAAACGGAAACUGUUCAAAUCAACGACGUACCUUCAGGAUGAUCGCCUCACAAUCGAAUGCAUUAUCACUGUUAGCAAAGAACCACGGGUAACAGGAACCAAAUGGUUCCCUAGGAUCGAAGUGCCCCCAUCUGACAUUGCACAGCAUUUUGGCAAGUUUUUGGAAACAAAGGAAGGAGUGGAUGUCACAUUCAGUGUUGGUGGAGUCGAUUUGACAGCGCACAAGAUGGUGCUCGCCACUCGGUCACCUGUCUUCAGAGCAGAACUCUAUGGACCUAUGAAGGAGGGAGGAACAGAGCCCAUAGUUGUCGAAGAUAUUCAUCCUGAUGUUUUCAGGGGCCUUCUCCAUUUCAUCUAUAAUGACUCCUUGCCUCCUUUUGAUGAUCUCAUGGAAGAUGAUUAUGGUGAAAUGAUCCGCCACUUGCUUGUGGCUGCGGAUCGAUAUGCCAUGGACAGGCUAAAGCUCAUGUGCCAAAGCAUCCUCUGUGAAGGUCUUCAUGUGCAGACAGUGGCAACCACGUUGGCUUUAGCGGAUCAACAUCACUGUGAUAUGCUUAAGGAUGCCUGUAUUGAGUUUAUCAUCUGUUCAAAUGCAAUGGAUGCUGUGGCAGCAACCCCCGGUUACAAGAAUCUGAAAAGAACUUGCUCAUCUGUUGUGAUAGAAGCAUUGGAGAAGACAAGUAGGAUUCGUAAAGCAUGACCAGCUCAUCUUAAGCAGAGUUUAUCAGGGGAGAAUCGGUCCAUCAUUUAAAUGAAUAGUUUGUCAGCUUUUGCCGGAGGAGCUCAUCCUAAACUGAUGAGCAGCUCACUGUUUUAUGAAUCUAAGGGAGGUUAGUGUAAUUCUGAAGUUUUGGGGGGCUAGCAUGCUUGUUUUGCUAUAUCCUCUCAUCCUAAGAUGCUAAUUGUUAGUGCAGGCAGUAUGCUUAUUGUAUCUUUUGGAUGCUUGAAUGCAUGAAUUGUCUAUUCUUCGCA